AUGGCCCUGAUCUCCUACUAUGAGGAGACACCAGGUCAGCUUGAUGGCGUGUGGCUGAAUGCAGAUUGUCCAUGGGAAGAAUAUACAGUCACAGGCCAGCGAGUGAGACGGACCAACUCCCACGGUACUCGGGAGUUCAGCAUCCAGUGGGAUCCAGCACGGCUAUCUUGGCAGUGGGGAAGACAUGGUCGCCUGAGCAUGCAGUGGCUCGGGGUGGACUCCAUCGCAUGGGUUCCAGAUAUGUCAUGUGAACACCACAAUGGCCGCGUGUGGCGGUGGCGGCGUGUGCAGCCCAGCUCUCCUCCAGAAAAUACCAUGCACAGCCACCCUCGCCCCCCCGACACCCGCAUGCCACAUCCUCACGCUCACCGCUCCUCACGUGAGCAUCGGCGGCACAGCCGGAGUCGAAGCCAGGGACGCCACCGGCACCACAGCACCCACGGCAGAUAUCGCAGCCGCAGGAACUUCACCGACGCCCAGCUGCCAUGUGGCUUGACACAUCGGGAGGUCUACAGCUUACUCUCGCGCGAGAUCACGCCCGAGGAUUACGAGAUGCUGCUACGGCUGGAUGAGGCAGUUCCCAAAGCAAAGCCGGCAACCGAGGAGGAGACCAAUGAAGCGCUCCAAAUAGUUCCCGUGCAGGAGGUUCUCGGCAAAGAAUGCCCAAUUUGUCUUGCCCCUUUCAAAGAGGCAGAUGUCGUGGCAGCAGUGCCCUGUGCUCAUAAAUUUCACAAAGAUUGCAUUUCUACUUGGCUCUCCAAUUACCGGAGAACCUGCCCGCUGUGUUGCACGGAGCUCGAACGAGCCUAA